AUCUCCAAGUAUUUUAACAAAUGGAAACUAAGAGAUUGAUUGGUAAGCACCUCCAGCCAGCAAGAUCUCUGUGCCUCUCUUCUCGUGCAACCUUAGCCACAGUAUCAACAGAUUCUGGAAGCUUUCAGGCUGACUUUCCGUGCAGUGCGUCUGUCUUUUUACAUAAUGAAAUUAGUUCAAUAUGUAAAUCUAAUGGAAUGCUGGUUUUAAAUGACAAUAUGAUUCCUAGUCUGUCAGUGCAGCAUAAAAAUGAAGUCACAAAAGAAAGAAUAACAUAUAGCAGAGAUUUCCUUCUGAAACUUUCAGGGGUUUCACUUGCCCAAAAGAAGCCAGAAUUUCUUCCUGAUCAUCCUAUUGUACUGGAAAAGCCGAAAAAUUAUUGUUUAUUACCUGCUACAAGCAAUGAUAGAUCUUUCUGAAGAUAAAGAAUGCGUCUCUUUUCACCAUUUAAAAAAAAUUAAGGAAAAGUGAUCUGUAAUAUCAAUAGACUGAAUUCAGAUGUAUCUUUUACAGUUGGUGUAAUCAUCAGUAAAGCU